AUGAAGUGGUUGUCGAUAUUAAUGGUAUUCAUUUUUGUUCUGUUUGAUUUAACAUCAGCAGCAACUUUAGGUUUAGGUUUGUGUCCUCCAGGUGAGAUGUAUUACCGAUGUGGUACUGCUUGCGAAAGAACUUGCCAGAAUCCAAGUCCACGUAUUUGCACAUAUCAAUGUGUCCCAAAUGUUUGCCAAUGUGACAACCGAUAUGUUCGAGGCUGGGAUGGAACAUGUGUACCACUAAGCCAAUGUUCUAUGGUCUCCGGCAACCGUGCAUCAGCAGGUGGUUAUAUAGCACCAGUACAAUGUGUGGCUCCUCCAGGAGCGCCAAUUUGGGAGGCAACUCGCAAUUGCCAAAGAUAUUGUGCUGCACAAGAUUAUGCUGGAGGCUAUUGUGAUUAUGGAGAACUUUGUUAUUGCGUUAUAUAA